AUGGCGAAGCCAAUACCUCCUGCUUAUUUGCGAACAAAGCUAAUACCACAUGCCCAGCAGGUGUGCAGUCUCUACAAAGCUGCUAUUUAUAAUAUAAAGGCCCUUAAAUUGAACAAUUUUGAAUACCGGUAUGAAGCUGUGCUUUUGCGUGCUCGUUUUGAUCAGAAUAGGAAUGUAACAGAUCCAAAACAAGCUAAGAAGCUUUUGGAUGAUGGCUGGAAAGAAUUGCAAAAGAAUAAGGCUGCUUUCCCGUACCUAUAUCCGACCUCUCCCGGUGGUGUUGCUUAUGAACGCUACGACUUUCAUCAGCCGGAUUAUUUUCUUGAUCUUUGGCAUCCUUUGGAAAAACAACAAUAUCCUGACUACUUCGCUCUUCGUGAGAAGCGGAAGGCGGAGUUUAUUGAGCGCUGGAAGAAGAGAUACGGCGAACCAAAGGAAGAUGAAGGAGGACAUUAA